CAAACUAAAUAACUUAUAGUAAAUACUCAACUAUUGGCCAUGUCUUACCAUGUGAUUAAGGGCGUUAAUGUAAGAUUGUCUGAUAAGUUACAAGGACACAAGCAAGAUAACAACACGAGAUAUUUCACACGGAAAGCUACAGGAUAUAUCAGAAUGUCGGAUGUGUGCUCUCCUAUUCCUAUUGUUGAUUUGGAUAGAAUAGGUGUGCAUAGAAACCCCAAUGAAGUACACAUCGCUGCAUUACAAACUGUUUCUUCAUCAUUGAAAACCACUUUCUGUCAAUAUGGGGUAUGUUACUUUAAAAAUCAUGGUAUUGACGAUGCAUUCAUGGACAAUUAUAUGACAGUAGCUAAAUCGUUCUUUGAGCAGCCGGUGGAAAUGAAAUGUCAGUACGUGCGUGGCCCAACAACGGAUUUCGGUUACACGCCGAUGGAAAAGGAAGUUGUUAAUUUCAAAAGACCAGCAGAUCUAAAAGAGGCGUUUACCUAUCAACCAGGGGACGAUCCUGGUGAUAUGGCAGAUAAAAAAUUCCAACAAAGCUUGAAUGAAAUGUUUGCUCAUUGUACAGUGCUAGGAUGUCGCUUAUUGGACGCCCUUUCACUUGCACUUGGCAAACAUCAACUGUUUUUAAGGGAGGCGCAUAAGUUGAUUGGAACAAAGAACAAUCCGACAACACUCAAGACUUUGAUGUAUCCACAAAUGUCACCAGAAAAGAACAUUAAACCAAACCAGGUUCGUUUAGGAGAGCAUUCGGAUUUCGGAACAAUGACACUUAUGUUCCAAGAUGAAGUCGGUGGUUUGGAUGUAUUUUUCCCGGGUAAAGGUUACAUACCGGCAACUCCCAUACCUGGUACAAUUUUGUUGAUUGCUGCUAACUUACUUCAACGCUGGACUAGUGACUCAAUUGUUUCUGUACAGCAUAGAAUUCUUGAAACAGAAGAUCCAGCAAAACAAACCAAAGCUCGCCAGUCAGCUGUAUACUUCAUAGUUCCAGACUUUGACAGUGUGAUCACACCAAUUGACGGUUCAAAGAGGUAUGAACCAAUCACGUGUAGAGAAUACGUAAUGCCAAAGCUUGAGGACACACUAAGUGAAAAGAAUUAGAUAUCUUCUUGAUGACUUAUCUUUUAAGUAGACAAAAAGUAUUUUUUAAGAAAUUUACGACAGAAACCUUGAUUUUAAUAUACUUUUUAAGUGUGAUUGAGAACUAUUUUGAAAACGACGUAUACAACAAUAAGCGGCAAACAUGUUCUAAUGAUCCAUUUGUAAUUAAUAUGUACUGUUAUAGAUGUAUAUAAGAUAAAAACAUUAUUUACAUGCUUCACUUCUUGUUAUUUGAAGGUCAAAAUUCAGCUGCUAUAAAAUUAUACAUUCAGUAUACAUGUAUAUUAUCUUUGGUUUAAUUAAACAACCAACAAAACAUCAAAUUGUAAUCAACACGAAGCACGCAAUGUUACCAUAGUAACCAAUACGGUUUUAUAAUAUUGUUCUUAAACGGGCUUGAUUUAAUCAGAUUAUUUAUGUUUCACAAACAGAAUUGUUUGUUAAUUUGGAAGACAUGUAUAUUCAGCUUCUAAAUAAAAUAUCUUAAACCUCAGGAACAUGAAAUAUAUAUUCGAAAAUAAUGUUUUUAUUACAAAAAAAAAAUAACAAUGUUGACAAGGUUUCUUCAAGAUGUCUGCCAUCAUGCACAUGGUUACUUAUAUAUAUAAUAUUUUGUUCUGUUUAUUUAUUAUUAUUAUUAUUAUUAUUAUUAUUAUUAUUAUUAUUAUUAUUAUUUCACAACUUAGUGUAAUUUUUGCUUUAAGUCAUAAUCAUAACUAGAAAGGCGUUGUAAGGUGUUGUUACUUCUUUUGUUUUGUUUUCUUGUUGAUUUGUUUGAUUUUGGUAUUUUGGUGCGUUUUGUGGUAUUUUUUAAGAAACUAGAACAGAACGAUUCUUGUAACAGAGUGCUUGUGAUGGAAACUGUGUUAUGUACAGGUCAGUAGGUGUUUCCUCUGAAGGUACAAUAAUUUUGUUAAAAAAAAUAAAAAGAUAUAAAUGAU